UUCCUUAGCAGCCCCCUCUGUGCUCCAGGCCCGGGGAAAGGCAGGCGGCUGUGGGAGCAGCCUUCGCUGCCCGCUGGAGCCGGCGGCCCGGUGGGGCGCGGCCAGUGCAUGAGGGCAGCGGGCGGAGGCGCAGAAGGAGGAGGAGGAGGCGGGGGCGGCGGUGACUCCCUCUCGCCCGCCUGGGGACUGGCAGCCCCUGCCGCCGCCUCCACUCUUCGCCGGGGCCCGGGAGGCUGAGGCCGCCGCGUAGCGCCCGGGACAUGCGGCCUCCCCAGCCGCAGCUAUCGCCGAGGAGACGAAGGACAUGAGGCUCCGCAAUGGCACCUUCCUCACGCUGCUGCUCGGUUGCCUCUGCGCGCUCUUUUCGCUCUCCUGGUACGGGGCCUUCGGCGGGCACAAAGGUGAUGUUGUGGAUAUCUAUCAGCGAGAGUUCCUAGCACUAAGAGACCGCUUGCAUGCUGCAGAACAGGAGAGCCUCAAGCGGUCCAAGGAGCUGAACCUAGUCCUAGAUGAAAUAAAGCGAGCCAUCUCUGAGAAGCAGGCCCUGCGGGACAUAAACCGGACGUGGAGCAGCUUAUCUGAUGAAACAAAAUUAAAACUGUGGAAUAUCACUAACAAGAAUGUGUUGCAUCUUCCUACCAUCUUUCAUCAUUUGCCACAUUUGCUAUCAAAGGAGAACAGCCUGCAGCCUGCUGUGCAUGUAGGACAGGGACGCACUGGAGUAUCCGUAGUGAUGGGAAUCCCCAGUGUCAAACGAGAGGUUCAUUCCUACCUUACAGAUACCCUAAACUCUUUGAUCUCAGAGCUCAACCAGCAGGAGAAGGAAGACUCUGUCAUCGUUGUUCUGAUUGCUGAGACAGAUCCGCAGUACACAACAGGAGUGGCAGAAAAUAUCAAAAACCUUUUCCCCAACGAAAUACAUUCUGGUCUUCUAGAAGUCAUUUCCCCUUCUCCACAUUUUUAUCCAGAUUUUUCACGUCUCCGAGAAUCUUUUGGUGACCCCAAGGAGAGAGUCAGGUGGAGGACAAAACAGAACCUAGAUUACUGCUUUUUAAUGAUGUAUGCACAAUCCAAAGGCAUUUACUAUGUACAGCUGGAAGAUGAUAUUGUAGCCAAACCAAACUAUCUCAGCACAAUGAAGAACUUUGCUCUGCAGCAGCCCUCUGAAGAAUGGAUGAUCCUGGAGUUCUCUCAGCUUGGGUUUAUCGGGAAGAUGUUUAAGUCACUGGAUCUCAGUCUGAUUGUCGAAUUUAUACUCAUGUUCUAUAAGGACAAGCCCAUUGAUUGGCUGCUUGAUCACAUUCUUUGGGUGAAAGUCUGCAACCCAGAGAAAGAUGCAAAACAUUGUGAUAGACAGAAAGCAAAUCUGAGGAUACGCUUCAAACCCUCACUGUUCCAACAUGUGGGAACUCACUCCUCCCUGGCCGGCAAAAUACAGAAGCUAAAAGACAAAGAUUUUGGAAAACAAGCUCUUAGAAAAGAACAUGUCAACCCUCCUGCAGAGGUGAGCACCAGUCUGAAAACCUACCAGCACUUCACCUUGGAGAAAGCAUAUAUGAGAGAAGAUUUCUUUUGGGCAUUUACCCCUACCAUGGGUGACUUCAUACGUUUCCGCUUCUUUAAGCCACUACGCAUUGAACGGUUUUUCUUCCGCAGUGGCAACAUUGAGCACCCUGAAGACAAACUAUUCAACACAACAGUGGAAGUCUUGCCCUUUGAUAGUCUCCAAUCAGAUAAAGAAGCCCUGCAGGAGGGAAGAGGGACAGCAUUCAAGUACCACAGGACAUCUGAUGGCUACAUCCAGAUAGGGUCUUUUUCCAAAGGCAUUGCUGAAGGAGAAGUAGACCCUUCCUUUGGGCCUCUGGAAGCAAUACGGCUGACCAUUCAGACGGACUCUCCCGUAUGGAUCAUCUUGAGUGAAAUAUUCCUGAAGAAAGCUGACUGAAGUCUAAGAGACAGGAGAUGCAACACUAAGUGGUCAUUAGCUCUUCCCGCCUUCUUCCUCUCUUCUAUGAAACUGCAAACAUUGCAGAACAAAGGCAGCCUGCCCGUAAAGCAAAGGUGCGUGCUCAAGGCUACAGCUGCUCCAAGAACAGGAAGAAAAAUGUGGUGAAACUUGGCAGGACCUUGUGUUUCCUGACCACAUACUAGGAGAAGAGAAGCGUUUUUCCCACGCGGGCGCUGGACUGCAUUACAUGAAGACUCACCAAUGCUGGCAUAUCUUGUACCUAGCUGCCUCUGCAGCUGAAGAAAGACACAAUGAGAUGAAAUUUCCAUGUCAAAAGAUUUUUGGGUUUUUUGUUCCCUCAAGCAAGGACCACAUUGUCCCCACUACUUUUCCUUCCCCUGGGUGUUGAACUCCUGAAUGUAUCACUAAGGUGUGCAUUUAGAAAUACGGGUUUACAGAGUGUGAAGGCUAAACUGAGAAGGCCCACUUGACUGCGUCAGGCUUUUACAUGCUGCAGAGCAGCUCAGAGGUAUAUGUGGGAAGGGGAGGAGCAGAUUCCCACCCCCUUGUUUAAUACAAGCCGUAGCUCCAGGCCAUGCCGGAGGAUUAAAUAUUGAAGGGUAACAGGUCUGAAAGAAAGUGAAUUACAGAGAUGAGAGACAGCAUGGCAGGGAAAUAAUGAAACCACACUGUGCCUGCCAGGGUUGGAUACAGCCCCUUCAUACAAUAGAAUUUAUGUUGGAAGUCUCCAGUGUCUUCAUGCCUUGGGAAUGAGUGCAAAAGUCCACCCUUUUACAUCCAUAUUUCUGUUGUUUACUGGUUGGUGUGAAUUUUGAAGAAAAACAUGUAGGCCAGGUCUCAAAUGGUAGGGUUUAGAGUGUAAUUUAAGAACAAACAAACAAAAAAACCAAUGUCACUAGCUAUACACUGGAAUGCAUUAUACUACUUUAAUGUGCUGUAUUUUUUAUUAUUGGAUACAUUUGAUUUUUUCAAGUAUAUCUAUAUAAAAUAUAUAUUAAAAUGUGCACUGUAAAAUUUUAA